AUGGAUGAGAAGACCAAUGAAGAGAUCUUGGAGAAAAUAGUUGAAGCAAAAAGAAAGGGUAAAAUUGGAGAAGAAAAGAAGGGGGAGAACAAGAAUGAAGUUGCUACUUCAUCAAAAGGAGCUCUAUUCAAUCCUCCUCCCUAUGAACCAAAACUUUCUUUUCCCGGUAGAUUCAAGAGACAGUUUUUGGAGCAAUACAAGGUUUUAUUUGAGAAGCAAAUGAGUGAAGUUCAGAUUACUAUGCCCAUAAUUGAUGCCUUCAUGCUAGUGCCUCAAUACAGCAAGUUCCUCAAGGAUGCUGUAACUAAGAAGAAGAAGGAGAUGGAAGGCAUGGUGGUUCUUACUCAUGAGUGUAGUGCUAUUAUCCAACGGCUAACCAUCCCUAAGAAGCUUGAAGAUCCAGGAAGCUUUACUUUACCUUGUGCCAUUGGGCAAUUUACUUUUGAGAGGUGUCUAUGCGAUUUGGGAGCAAGUGUGAGCCUUAUGCCUCUCUCCAUUGCUAAAAGGCUUGGCUUUACACAAUACAAGAAGUGUAGACUCUCUCUUGUGCUAGCUGAUCGCUCAGUGAAGAUUCUCAUUGGUAUCCUAAUUUUGUGGUGUUAG